ACGGUGUUUUCAACGCCCAACGAAGCUCCAUGUUCACAACAACUCAUCAAUGAGCAACCCUGCAACACUGCAGUUGAGCAAGACAAAGACUGCCAAGGCUCUAUUGAAAGGUGGGCGCAAUUGAUUAGCGUCCUCUCCAUCGUAGCUCCAAGCACUUUUGUUGGAUACAACGGCGCUGCCUUGUCGUAGAGCGUCAAAAUGGAACGAAUAAGACGGCGGCGAAGGCCAAGUCGACGCAACACAGCAGCUCUGGUGUUGUUAGUUUGGUGCUUCGCACUCGGAUCAGUUCUCGCGGACGCAUAUGAGCCGUCACCAGCAUUGCGUGGAACCAAUGAACCUGACGGCAGUGUUAGGAGAGGGAUGCAAAGAGUCCGAAAAAGGUUGAGAAACGAGGCCGGCCAAAAGAAACCAAGGAAGCUUGGGUUUCGCACCUCUGACAAUGCCGACAAGCCCAGGCUGAGCAACAACAUCUUCCUUAAUCGAGAGUACGAUGUAGAGCUUGAAGAGAAUAUGGAAGAAGUUCGAGAGAAUAAGGCAGAAGUGGUGAGGGAGCCCAAUAGGAACAACCCCGCAGAGGACCGCUUGCCGCAGAGAGGAGUGGUCAGUCCCUACGAGUUGGGGGCCACAGGCUACGGGUACAUUUUGGGAGGGCACGAUCGUGACCCAAGCGCCUUGGGUCAAUACCGCCACAAUAGAAAUUUUGAAGGCUUUAAAACUGAAACCUCUCACGAAUCAGAAGAUGCUCAAUAUAGCUCUCGAGAUUUCUACAGUGUCGAAGACAGCGAAGAUGCACAGGUGGGAGAACAACCACUACGAUCUUCGCAGGAGGCUCUGGCUGGUGGACGAAAGCACAUCGGAAGACAGGGUGUAAAAAUGAAGGGCGCAAAGGUCGGCGGUGCGAAGGCAAGAACAGCUGGAGACAGUGAAAUGCCGAUUCCCGGUCUUGAGGAAUUCACACCGGUAAACAGACCAAAGGGCAAACUCCCGGAUUCAAGAACUGGUAGUUCUCUUGGAGGACGACCUCCUAAUAGCUACAGAGCCAACAAUGAUCCCGACGAAAAGGCCGCGGAACUCCAAAAUUCAGAGGCGUUUGAAAAGUCGAACGGAGAGAUGACCCCCAUUGACAAUACGGAGGCCUUCGAACAGUUUCCAGGACCUGAAGAUAUGUCAUUAAUUGAACCCGCAGAAGCGCUCCAGCUUAUCCCAAUGCCAGACACGUCGACAGAAAGCCACCUUGGUGACGGAUUUGAACAAGUCGACGUCGUUGGACCCACAUCCACCACACAAGGCCACAUAUCGUCAGCAUUUGAGCAAAUCGAGGGCGAAGGCUGUCCACUCUGCCCCCCACCAGCACCCACCCCACUCGUGAACCCAGCAAAACCGGAACCAGUGGCUUCAUCCCAAGCAAGAGAUGGGAAAAACGGAAAAGAGAAAGCAAAAGCCACGUCAAGGAACAAAUCUGAAAAAGGACAAAGGAAGAACAACAAGGGGGCAAAAGGCGACCAAGCAGCAAAAGGACGUAAGGGUUCACCUAGCGACCAAGCAGCAACAGGACGUAAGGGCUCACCUGACGGCCAAGAAGCAAAAGGACAAAAGGGCUCACCUGGCGACCAAACCCCAGAAGGACGUAAGGGCUCACCUGACGACCAAAAAACAGGACGUAAGGGUUCACCUGAAGGAAAGGCGUCAACGCCAACCAACCCGUCAAACCAGGCACAACAGGAGCCUAACGAACGCACAGGUGGCAGUCCGACGGGUGUGAAUACAGAAGGAUAUUACCGAGCUCCGUUGCCAGAGGGUUUUCCCGAGCCUAAAGGGGGGAACAAAGCGUUCAAGGAAGCUCGAAAGAAGGAAGGCAGCGUCAAGGGGGUGAAAGGUAUGAAAGGCAUCGCGAGGAAGGGGCCUCGACCCCCUCAACCAGUGGUCGAGUAUCCGUUGCAUGUGGAUUAUGAGGAAGCUUCUGCCCGAGCAGCUUCAAUAGCUGCAACGCUCCAGGGGCGGACACGGGGCAAGCCGCCGAGACCACGGCCAAGAAGUGUCUACCCACCGAAGAAAGAAAGAGCCGUUGCCUAUGACGAAGUAAUAAGGGUAUCCGGGAAGCUAAAGAAGUCGGGCGGCGACAAGGGAACGACGGGCAAGAAAGGAGCCAAACGUUAGAUCAAUGGUGAUCAGGGUGGUCGAAGUGACAUCCGGGGACGAACGUUCACAUGACGGGUUGAUGGUGGGCUAGUCCACUCGCGGCACUUGUAUCAUACUGUAGGGAACUAGUGCACGAGGAAGCCUGAAGGUUUGAAAGAAACACGACAAGAGUGGUCGCUAAUAAUUGUGUGGGAGAAACAGCGUCAACUGAAGGGAAACGGGCAAUGGAGCCAAGCCGUCGAAGUCUCUGUCUCUACUAGUACCUGCCUUUUGGAUACCACAGGGAAUAUUGGGACAACUAAAAAAGUACUGGUGCAAAGGGAAGUACCUGCUCUGCCGUACUGGUAUGCACCAACGUGCUAAAUUCCGCAAGGUAACAACAUAGAUAGUGGCUGUUUGUUGCAGUUCCAUUGCUUGGGGAGCCCAGAGAAUGUAUCUUCUUCUGCGAUGAUUGCUCGUUCAUGGUUGAGCAGUUAGUUGAGCAGCCACUAGUUUGUCUGAGUCCCUUACCAAGAGUACGAAGAGUACCAAGAGUCAGCCCUCUGGUUUUUUUUUUAGCAUGUUUGGAUCAUUCAACCAACAACGCCUCCUAUCAACCGUUCGAUAUGCUAGUUGCAAACAUUCGCAUCUACGAAAGGCAAACGUUGUC